AUGCGGCUCACUAACUCCGAUACGUUUACCCCCCAAUCGGGUUUACGUUUGCGACGUUCUAAGUUCUUCAAAAGGCAGAAUCGUGUGCCGGAUGAACGAGAUUUGAAGAAGCAAGUUUCUGAACCCGCGCCCUCUUCGGAGCUCCCCGUUUUAAAAAAACACAAGUCAUAUCCACAAUAUGGCGCAAAUAAGAAUCGGCGUUUAAAACCUCAGGAGCGGGAAGUUGGGUCGCUUCUUAUAAGACUCGUUGAUCGGAAGUCUUUGACCACCACGUCCACUUCAACGUCGUUUGAAGCGUCGAUUUCCGAUAGUACUGUGCAUACUCAACGCGCAAGCCAUACGCCAGCGGUACGUGAUGGUCCGCCGCUCAGCUGCAACUUCUGUUGGAACACUGUCGACGAAUGUGGUAGGAUAUUACGCCGUAAAACACAGUAUCACUGUCCCGAAUGUCGCACUAAUCUAUGCAUAGUGCCGUGCUUCCAUGAAUAUCAUGAUUUACCUGAGUCCGAAGCAUCUGCCAGUGCAAGAUGA